AUGCCGCGACAAAAUGUGCAACAAAGUUUUUCAUCUUCAACAUCAACUAUAGAAGAUCUAUUAAAGGAUUAUACGGCUAAUAAUGAUGCUAUUAUUCAGAGCCAGGUUCCAAACAACAAGGAGCAUUGCCUAGUGAUAGAAAGUUCUCAAUCUCAAGGAAAGGAGCAAUGUAAGGCCAUAACACUCCGAAGUGGUACUCAGCUGCCAGGAGUUGUGAUUGAUGCCUUUAUUGAGGAGGAGAGUUCAAAAGUUCCCGAAGGCCUAACUUUCGAGUCAGCAGUGGAACAAACAAGAAAAGAUGGGAGUAAACAGAAGCAUACAGAAGCAAAUUCAUCUUGCAAAGCCAAUACAAAUUCCAUGGCAAAGCAACCUCAACAAAUGGAAGGAAGGCCACUACCACCUUUUCCCCAGCAUUUCCAAAAGUCGAAACAAUAUGUUCAAUUCAAGAAAUUUUUGGAGGUCUUGAAGCAAUUACACAUCAACAUACCUUUGGUGGAAGCAUUAGAACAAAUGCCUAACUAUGUGAAAUUCAUGAAAGAUAUCUUAUCCAAGAAGAGAAGAAAGGAAGAAUUUGCAGGACAUAUGCACCACAAUCCUGAUGCAGACUCUAUUGAAUAA